CCGGUUCCUGUUAUGUUAGGUUUCACACGUUGUUGGUGGUCUUGCAGUUCUUAUUCGCUGUUUUAGGGUUGUUCUGUGUUGCGGAGAAUAAUGAAGGAUGAAAUUCGAACCAAGAAAGGCUAUAAAACACGGAAAAAAUUGGCAAAGAAGCGGGCCUUUGCUAUCUUUGUUAAGAAGCUGAGCUACAACAAAGAUGAGAGGAGUUGGUCUUGUUGCCAUAGCAACUAUUCAGACCUUGUCGAAUUGCACAAACAUGUAGCGAUGAGCCACGAAAUGGAGAUCAAUGAGAAGUCAGAGACUCUACUGAAAAGUCAGAAAACAGAAACUGCAUUUGUAGAGUCACCGCAGGGAGAUUCAGACAAUUCUACUCAAUCUGUAGCUAGAGACAGUGCAACAUCUUUGUCGUCAUGGUUACCAAGUGAUGAGGAGUGCGCCACCCUUGGUACUUCAGAUCAAGAGGAAGGGCAGAUUUUACUUUUUUAUCAUUAUACCACAAUUCCAGAUCCAGCAUUUAUUAGACAUUGGCAGCAACUGUUAUGUGACAAAUUGAACAUUACAGGCAAGACAAGUGCUGGUGGCAGACAUCACUUUUCCUCUGGUUUACAUGUGAGUGUCCAUGAAGAGAUUGUACCCAUGGGAAUUGACCCUGAUCAGAUCAGUUAUCAUCAAGCAGGAAGUCAUUUGACUGUUGAGGAAUUCCAUGAUGCCGUUCAGAACCAUGAUGACAAUACAGUAUUAAUUGAUUGUAGAAAUUUCUAUGAAAGCAAAAUAGGUAAAUUUACCAAUGCACUAACUCCAAAUAUUAGAAAAUUCAGUUAUUGGCCGGAGUACGUUGAUAGGAAUCUCCAUGUGUUUAAUAAUAAGAAAGUACUGAUGUAUUGCACUGGUGGUAUCCGAUGUGAACGGGGCUCAGCAUAUCUGGAAUCAAAGGGUGUAUGUAAGGAAGUUUGUCAGUUGCAAGGUGGUAUCCACAGAUAUAUAGAAAAAUAUCCUGAUGGUAAUUUUCGUGGCAAACUAUUUGUAUUUGACGACAGGUGUGCCAUACCUGCUAAUUCUGAUAUCAUAUCUAAGUGUUCUUACUGUAGCAGACCAUGGGAUGAUUACAAGUCGUGUACCAGUGACAAUUGUUACCAGUUAGUCUUAUCCUGUACUCAAUGCAGAGAGACAGGAAUGACAGCAUGCUGCACACAGUGCUCAGACAAACAGAAGAAAACAACAGAUCAAGAGAUGAAAACCAGGGAAGAAUGCGCUUGUACAAAGACCAGGGAGAAAAUCCCAGUUGAAAAAAUGGAGACAUAGCAACAGGAAAUGAUGCCAUAAGAUGUUGAAAGACCACAUGAAUGUGACCUUUGACACCCUGGUGUCAACAUCUAACUAUAUGAAAACUGAAAAAUUAGCAAACAAGCAUUUAAAUCCUUCUGGGUUAGGGGUCAACAAUUGGAAAUCAU